GCCCUGGCGGAGACCUCCCUGCCCCUGCUGGGGACCCCCGGUCUGAUGAACAGCAGCUCCUCUGGCCUGAUGGGUGCCAGUCCCUCACGGUCUAAUGGGCGGUAGCCCCCCAGGAAUGAUGGGGGGCAGUCCUGCAGGGAUGAUGGGGGGCAGCCCCCCCAGGAAUGAUGGGGGGUAGUCCUGCAGGGAUGAUGGGGGGCAGCCCCCCAGGGAUGAUGGGGGGCAGUCCUGCCAGCCUCCUGCAGUCUGUCCACGACGAGCUGAACGGGUCCCUGGAUCACUUGGACUCCAACGGACACGGCAGCCCUGGAUACUCCCCACACGGACACAUGCCGGCCAUUCAUGUAAAGGAGGAGCCGUUGAACAUGGACGAUGACGACUGUCCGAUGUCACUGGUCACAACAGCCAAUCACAGCCCAGAGCUGGACGACGACCGGGAGCUGGAGGAGGGUAACCUAUCAGAGGAUCUGGAGUGACUGGAAAUCCGGUCGCUAUAUCCCUCCACCACACUGUUCCCCUCACAGGUGUCCUGCAAGACCAGAAACCACUCCACGCCCCAACAGAACACAGCUGACUCUCACUAGGACUAUUUAUUGAGCAUGCAUCCGGAAGAAAGUCUCACCCUAAGGAACUCUUUGUUGCAGCCCUAUGGGACCCCGAACAUGACAGGCAUGAGAUGUCUGCUUUUUAACUUUACGACCCGUUUGACUCUAGCUGGCUUGGCCAACAGACUGAACAAAAAUGGGCUCAUGGACGAAACGAUAUGAGAAAAAAAGCGGGCAAAUCUGUUCUGUAGAAAGUUAAUGGCCUCAUAUACUGCCAAAAAAAUUAUAUGUUUUAAGUUCGUGAAUAUCCAACCAACCAACCCCACCCUAGCCGAUGUCUAGAAACAAUUGCUGGUUCAAUUCAAGUUGUUGCUCUGUCAUCAUUUGCACAGGAGUAGUAUCAGAAAUUAGUGUCACUGCCUGUAUGUUGCUAAAAUUCUAAAAACCAGUAUUUUAUUUUUCAUUGUUUCCUUUCUUCUUUUGUAUUAUAAUUUCAGCCCAAAUGUAAAUGCCAUCUACUAAGUCACACCAAUAACAGAACUGCAGUACCAAGACUGUUGUUGCAGCUGUCAAAAAAGUAGGCUUCCAGUCUAUUAUCUGUCUGUGAUGAAAAGUGAAAACGUGAAUAUUAAGUUGAUUUAAAAAGAUGAAAAAGAAAAAAAGAAAAAGACAAAAAAAAAUACUGUUUGUGUAAAGCACCAUUUAGGGGGAACAUGCAUUUCUGCAUAUUCUUCUGCUAUUCUCUUUACCUCCUCGUUCUGAAGCUUUGUCUACCUGCAAACAGUCACAGGCGACAGCUAGAAACCAAAGCCUACCCUAGCAAUGGCCAAUAGCUUAGACAGAAGCCACCAGACUACUUUGGUCAGCCUUCUGUGACUUUAACUAGUACAAAGAGAAGCUUUUUUUCGCAAACUACCUUCGAAUAACCUCUGGGAUUGUUUUAUUUAGCCCUGUAUAAAGAUGAGUAAGAAGAAAAAAAAACUGAUUUUGAUGUGUAAUUUGAUAACUCAUAUAGGAGGUCCACUUGGUGUGUAGAGGAGAUGUCUGCCAGACUGAAGUGAAGAUGAGAGAGAGCGAACAGGAAUUAUGUGCUAGGGACUUACUGACUGGUAGAAAGCAGCUACUGUAACAGUGGAUCAUGACCAAAACAAACAUUUGUGUAUUCAGUGGAAGUGCAGAAAAAAAUUGUGUUGUUGUGAUGAUCGUUUUCCUGAUUUUAUUUUCUUUCUUUUUUUAAAAUCUUUUAUUUUCUUGUGUUUUUUUUUUAUAUAUAAUUUUUUUAAUUUGCGUUUCCCAUCAUGUCAUUGUUUUUCUAAUCUAGUGAAUAUGUAAUGUUCUAAGUGGGACUGUCAGAUAUGUCAUGUCUUCUUACCGUACGGCUUGUUCAGAGCCGUGUUUGAACCGAAACUGAAAACAUAGUAACCAAACAUUAAAAUAUCUAGCAAAGCCAAAUAAGUCAUAAUUUCAAGUUGAUAUGAAAUAAUGUGGCUUGGUUAUCAUGUCAAAGCAAAUAAUAUAGCCAUUGUAGAAGGGGAAAUCAGAGAUUAAGAGAACCUUUUCUAGGUGAUAUUUGCUUUAACUUGUAGUCAAAUACUCAUUGUGUAAUUCAUAGCUUCGUGACUAUAUAGAAACAGGCAGUGUUGGCAGAGGAGGCUUCUUAACUGCGCUGUGGGUUCUGUAUGGGUUACUUGUUUUAUAUCACAUUUGAUAUCCUAGUGACAGAACUGAAGUACUGUAGUGAUCGUCCAAACUCUAUUUCAUUUCUCACUGCUAAUGUCAUCUAGAAAAGUGUUGUUGCUUUAAUAUGGUCAUUUCCGUUUUCAGUCAAACCAAAGUUACACAAAAUUCUGCCUCCUCUUGUAUGGGAUAUAUUAACUCUGAACUACACACACACACACACAUAGUUCCUGUUCCCAGGCUCACACAUACCACUGUGUUCGUGAUUGCCAGUUUUUCUGGUUCUCCAUACGGUAAACACAAACAGAAAUGAAACUGAGUUGUCUGCUUGGUGCAUAAGUUAACAUCAUAUUUACCACAGCUAAACACAUAGAUACAAACAAUACGCACACACAAACACACACUCACUCAUGCCAGUUCCACUUCAAGAGGGUGCUGGGCCCAGGAACAAAGCUUAUCCCUUCAAUACUUGGCUGGAGUCAGCAAAACGACUUGAAGACGACGUCCAUAAUAAUCUUAUCACACCAAAUAUAAGGACGCUCUGUCUUUCAAAAAGGGUUCUCCCACUUACCCAAAAGGCUUUCUAAAAGGUUCUACCUCUGCACAAACAAUUUCAUAACAAUUAUGACAGAUUGCACGAGUUAUUAGUACGCCACAAGAGCUGUUACACUUUAAUACGCUUGUCACAUCGGACAUGGGUCAACAAGACGUUUACAUUCCCAAUACGUCAGAAAUGGAAGAGUUGCAUUGUAAUAGGUUGUCAAACAUUUGUAGAAUGAUGAUGUAUUAUACCUGUAAGGGAAUAUUGUGUUUUAAAAUGCAUGUCUAAAAUCAUUUGGUGGACUGGAAACAAGAAUUAAUAAAAAUAAUAUAAUAAAAACCAUUGGGAUGAAUGAUGGCCUAAAUGUACGUACAAUGCAUAAGAAUGCAUACCUCAACUAUAUUCUUUAGUUUUUAUUUUGGGAAGGAAAAAAACUGUCAGCCACAGAAUGCAUAUUACCUGUAGAUUUUGCAUGGGUUUUGUAAAAAUCAAGUAAAAUAAUGUCUAAAAUAGUUGCUUGCACAUAAUACCAGAAAGACCUCCAGAACUGCGAUCUUCUCCUCUAUUAGUUUUUAGGAUUGUCUGGAUAUUCUGGGUUGAUUUUGUCUGUAUUUUGAUAACUGUGCAUACUUAUGUAAAAAAUGUUGGUGGACCCAUAAAUUUACCAGACUUUUUCUAAGCUGAAAAAAAAUCAGUGUUUCUUUUCUGAGUUUCAUGAAUUUUUACUGUUCUCUCAUUGCUCGCUAAGAAUAGCAAACCUGCUCCUUCUGCAUCUGCUUUGCGUAGCUGUAAGGCUUAACCUAACGUGUGUAUUUAUUGCUUGUACCUCUGUGCAUACUUUAUGAAGCAUUAUGUCCUGCAGUCGAGUCAUGUAUCCUUUCUACUGCUGUCAUUCUCUAAUAACUGGGAAUAUGAUCUCCCUAUGUAUACAGUGAAUUGGACUGUAGCAAACACAUAUGUUUAUGUAAUUGGUGAAUACCGUUUCUUUUUUUUUUUCUUUUUUUUUUUUCUUUAUUCUUUUGAUCUAACUAAUUUUUGAUACUUUUCAUUACGGUGUACUGUGUCCAUACGUUAAGAUUCUCUGGCAUUAGAAGUCAUGGGUGAGAAUUGUAACCGGAGUUAUUAUUUUGUGUAUUCAUGGCUUUUCACUGCUGAAUAAAAUAA